AUGGCGGCGCUCGGGAGCCGUGCAAAUCGCCUAGAAAACGGUGAAAAACAAAGCAAAUCUCCUCUUGUAUCCCCUCUGAAAGUAAGAGAACUUCUCAAUGAAGGUGUCGCCUCAGAAGAACGCGUUAAAUUGAUUGAAAUUCACUUCUCCAAAUCUCAGGAUCUAAACACAUUGUCUCCAAAUGGCCUUGGCAUAGCUCCUUUUGAGGCAGCAAACAAAGAAAGUUUUUUCAACAGAGUGGAAACAUACUCUUGUCUGAAGUGGGCUGGAAAGCCCUAUGCUCUUUCUCCAUUGAGAUGUGCACGGUAUGGCUGGAUCAAUGUAGAAUGUGACAUGCUAAAGUGUUCUAGUUGCCAGGCUUUCAUGUGUGCAUCCAUUCAAACCACUUUGGACUUCCAGAAAUAUGAGGGACGGAUUUCAGAGUUGCAACAGCAACUUCAAACGCAACAUGAGAAAUUCUGUUCUUGGUCAGAUUUUCCGUGUCCAGACCGAUUUUGGAUGGUUCCUAUUAAUGAGCCUACAGUGCUACUUGGUUCCUUUCUAGACCGGUUCAAAAGUGCUUGUCUUCUAGAACAACAGCUGCCUGCUAUGAAGCCAGAGCAGUUCAAAACAUUGACUGAAGAUGUUAUAAGUGUCCUACUACAGCUGAUUGAAGAUGAGCAAGUGAAGCAGGGAGAUUCUCCCACAAAGGCCUCAUCAGAUCCACUCUCUGUACAAGUAGCAGCAUGCAUUGUAGCCCUUUGUGGUUGGGCUGCCAGCCCAGCACUCCAUUCAAUGAAUCUGCCCAACCUCAGCUGUUCAUUUUGCAUUUGAAAAGUGGGACUAUGGAACUUCUUUCAAAUGGAUAGUGUUUUAGGAGAUGGUGAAAAUCCUCCUCAGUCUCCGACAUCUACUUCCAGCUUGACUCCAUCUCAAGGCACAUGCGGGGAGAAGGGGACUCCCGUAGUCAGGACACCACUCGCUCUGAGCAGGUUAGUCUUUGUUGCAUUUAUGGAAAACAUCCCAUCCCCACUGGUUCCCCGCACAAGAACUAGGGACUCCCCUGUUCCUCAUGAGGAGCUACCCAGUCCCCUGCCCAGAGGCAAAAGACCCAUGACCCACAGCAGGGGCCAGGGAGAGAACCUGGCGGUGGAUGUGCCCUUUAGCCCACAGCGAAAGACAAAGCACCCACGUCUCUCUGCUAGUGGCCCUGAGGGGCCCUUGCACAGGAAUGUGUUUGACCCAGUAGCCCAGCAUAGAGACUGGUGUCCUUGGGUGAUUGUGGGACAAGACGAGAGGAACUUGGACAGCUCUUUCUUUGUUGGCUGUGAAGCAGAAUUUCCACAACCUCUCUGGAAAGCAGCACUGACCCUCUUCAUAUCUUUAAAAAGUAGUCCAGUAGGAUCCAGUCCAUCUCAGGGUCCUCAUGACAAAUCAAAAAGGGUUUUCUCCAUAUUUCGGCAAUGGCAGGUAUACUCCCCAUUCCAGUGAGUCGUGUUCUUGAAAGGAGGACUGGAAAGCCCUAGUGAAUUUAUUCUGGUGUCACGCUGUUCUUUGUAAUAAUGACAGUGAUUUCAUAUCAGUGUUUCUUGAUCGUGUGAGUCUUGUUUACAGUAUCGGGUUUGGUUGGGAAAGGAACAGUAAAUCCACAUGGAUCAAGAGACCUGUGCUGACGACCUUGCCCUAGAGCAAGAAAGCCUGACAGCUUCUCCUCACACAGACUGCCAAAUAGUCCUCGCCUAUUCAUUGGCAUGGGGUUUUAUAGGGUCUGAACUGGCCUAUAUGUAGGGAAGCUUUAAUUAAGUGCCUAGAUCUACACUGGAAGACAUGUUAUUGCAUCAUAGCUGGACAUUUUUUGAUUAUAGUAUAGCCAAGGAGAACCAGUGCUUUGUGUUUUUCUGCAUUGUUGAAGUAGAUGAUGUUGACUUGCAUAAGCAUAAAUAGGAUGAAUACCAUUCUUCAACUAUCUUAUGUCCACAUGCCAUCUGAAAUGGAUGUGCCAUAAUUUGAAACUGCCAGUAUAAAUUAAAUUGUUUGCUUUUGGACCACUUUCUUCUGCCACGGUUGGUGUCCUGCAUCAUGAAGGUAAUAC